AUGUCGUGGAGAGGGCGAGACGAGCGUACGUCCCGCUGGGGCGAGAUCAGACCCCGUUCUCCCGUGUGGGAAAACCGUCGCAGCGCUAGCCCCGAUAGAAGUAGGCAGUCGUCACCGCGCGAUCGUCAGAGAGACCGUCGCGAACGUCACGAUAGGUACGAUCGUGAGCGUCGCGAUCGAGAUCGCGAAUCCGAUCGCUACAACCGCCGCGAUCGCUACGAUAAGUCACGUGAUCGUGACCGCGACAGGCGUCGGUCGCCUCGUCGCUACGACGACAAAGAUAUGCCCCUAGCACCCUCACCGCCCACUAUCAGCGGCGAAUUUGAUAAAUGUGCCGAAUCUUUGUCUAGCAGUCGUUCAGACAGUCGAGAACGGCAAGAUAAUGUGGAAAAUUUUGAUAAUAAAUAUGACAGAGAGAAACAUGACGACAAUCAGGCUGUAAACGCAUCUCCCGGUGAUUGGUUUUGUAAAUGUGGUUCGUAUAACUUCAAAAGACGGCAAGUGUGCUAUCGACGUAAUUGCCAGGGUAAGAGAUCAGAAGGGGUAGUGUAUGGGGGUGAUUCGGAACGGGGAAACGCGGGUGAGUCUAAUUCGGGAAUAACAAAGAGAUUGUUAUUUAGGAGGCUUGAUGCUCUUACUACUGAAGAGAAAAUCUUAGAGGCUAUUAAAGAUUCAUGUUCAAAGGCCGUAUUAGAUUCCAUCGCCGGUAUAACUAUUGGUCGAGAAACCUUAACAGGAGCAUCUAAAUGUCUUGCGUAUAUUAAUUUUAAUUCAAUAGCUGAUUCGACAGCUGCUCAUUCUGAAUUAGUUUCUUUAGAUCCUCCAUUAAAGAUAGAUGGUCGAGAAGUACUCAUAACAUUUUAUAAUGAGCCACAGAAAGCACAAAAACCAGUCAAUCCCAAUGCAGAAUAUUCAAAUUAUUACGCUCAAAUGACCAAUUAUAACACUCAAGCGUUGUCUGAGGCAGAUAGGGUCAAUGCUGCCGCAGCGGUGGCUCAGUCUGCUAUCUCUGCUGCUCAGGCUCGGCAAAUGGCCUGGACUCCUGUCUCCGUUCCAGUAUUUGUUGCUUCCACAGCUCAGGCUACUCCUGCCGCUAACAUUCCUACUGGUGACGGUAAAACUGUCUACAAUCCCCCAGACGUGAGAACAUUUAUGUAUGAUGAGACAUCAGGCUAUUAUUACGAUCCAGCCACAGGAUUAUACUACGAUGGAAAUACUCAAUACUUUUUCAACAGUCAGACCUCUCAGUAUAUGUAUUGGGACGCUACUAGCUCUACAUAUAUUGCUGCCUCACAAAAUUCAACUAAUUCAGAUCAACCUAAGUUACAGAACCCUCCACAGCCAAACGCAGAUAAUACAAUAACUAAAGAGCCCGAGGAAAGGAAAAAGAAAGAUAAGGAAGAUAAAGUAAAAGUGGCUAAAAAGAUAGCAAAAGAUAUGGAAAGGUGGGCUCGUACAUUGAAUCAAAAGAAAGAGAAUGCUAAGAGUAAUAUUGUUAUGGAACAACCGCUCGAUACUGCAGCUAGCAAGGGGUCUGCUGAUAUAGGUUUUUCAGUCUUAGGAGCUGGACCCUCAUUAACCCAUGUUAGAGAAUUAUCACCUCCGCCAAUCAACACUGAUGAUUUCCUUAUGAAAAAGCCAGAAAUGAACAUAUUUGACAGUGAUGAAGGCAUCAUAGAUUGGUCAAAACUUACGUGCUUGAUUUGUAAGAGAAAGUUCCCCUCAAGUGAUGUGUUGACAAAGCAUAAAACCUUAUCAGAUUUGCACAAGCAAAAUCUUGUAGAUUAUAGAAAGAAAAAUGAUUUGUUGCCUCAAACGAAUGGAUAUAGAGACAGGGCGGCAGAGAGACGUAUGAAGUUUGGUGAAGACGACCCUCCCCCAAUUAGGAAACGAUAUGAACCAUCAGAAGUUCAAACUCCUAUGGUAUCUCAUCCCCCUCCGUCGGUAGUUGACACUAUUGGAGGUAAAAUGUUGCAAAAGAUGGGCUGGUCUGAGGGUCGGGGUCUCGGUAAAGAGGAGCAAGGGAGAAUAGCUCCAAUCGAGGCAGAGCAAAGACCAAGUUUAGCUGGUCUAGGUCAAAAAAGGGGUAUUUACACUCCCAUACCAGGGCUGACGUAUAGAGACACAGUGAAGAAACUAAUGAUAGCGAGAUAUAAGGAGGUUGUAGGGCAAGAGGAAGGAAACAAAUAGAUAUGGCGUCGCAAGCUCCAAAGGGCCAGCCCUUAAAGAUGUGCCCGGCUAACAUCUGGUGAGUUUUUUUUUUUAUGAAGAUGUCAUUACAAUUUCAUUCAAACCAUUUUUCCCCACAGGUGAUUACGACAAAUUGAAUAUGGCGUCCGACGAUGUAAUCUGUGUUUUUUUUUUUUACAGCGGCAUUUCAUUUUUUAUUUUACAGAUAUCAGUUACAAGUCAGUUUGUAAUAUUUUAAUGUUUUGAUUUUUUUUUGUUUUUGCUAAAUUUUUAGUUCUACAUAAGCAGACUUGUAACUCAUAAAAUGCUAUGUUUAUCGUUAAUGCAUCAAACAUGGCAGUCAAUUAGAACUCUCAAAGCUUAGAAUAAUAACGCAUAUUCUAAGUCUCACAGUAACCUAGUAUGACAGAAGUGUAGCGCUUUCUUUAGAUCAUUCAGCAACGAAACUGGGAAUUUUGUGGACUUACGAACUUUAGAAACUUAGUUGGACAUUAUUGUUAUCACGAACUGUGAUAUUUUGUGUGUGACAUUAUGAAGAAAAAGUGAUUGUGAACUUGACGUACAAUACAGUUUACUUACGAAUGUGACCAUUUAUAUUACAGAACCAGCCGGCGGCGGACUGCGUGCCAAACAAAGUUCAAUUUUAUUAAUUUGAAUAAAGCAUUAAAAUAUAAAUAUAAAAGCUGUCAAAAAUAAAAACAGUGAUUUAAAUACAUAUUUUAUAAUCAUUAUCAGUUUUAUAAGUUUUUUUUUAAUUAAGAAUAUUUUAAAAAUUAUCAAGUGUUUCAGUAUAUUUAGAGAAGUCUUGUUUAUUUUAUUAUAAAUAAAAGUAUAUACUUAUUAAUAUCCUGUGGAAGUUGCUUGCAUUUUAUGGUUCAUUUAAAUAAAAUAGCGUACAAAGCUCGAUAAAUUUGGUGUAUAUUUUUAAUUUUUUUAUAUUGAAAUUGCUAAUUUUAUCUGUGACCAGAGGUUGCGCGUGUUUUUGUUUUUAAUAGAAUAUACUUUUUAUGUAUAAUUGUCUAUAUCUAUUAUAUAAAUAUAUGCACAUGUUUCUAAUAUCUGUACGCUAAAGAAAUUUGGUAAAUGUUUGGUUAAAAUAAAGAAUUUAUUAUUACAUAUUUAAUUAUGUAUUUCUAAAAAAUUUUAAUAUAUUAGUAAAGAAAAGAAAAGUAUUUCGGGAUUCGUUAACAAGGGAAUUUUUCCCGAUGUGUUUAUAAAUUAGCACACAAUUAUUUAUAAGAUAAGCGUAUGAAUUAGGAUUGAUUAGAUUUAGUGUAAAUAUUGAUUAUUAGACGUAAUUAGAAUUAAACGAUUUGUACUACGGUCUUAAUUAUAGUAUUAAUUGUU